UCUUUUAACUUACCAAGAACACACAGAGACUGCAGGUCUCCUCAUUAACUUUUCUAAGAUGACAUCACUCUUGAUGUACCUAAAGCAGCAAAACUGCAUCUACAUAUGUGCAUGCCUUUGGCUGGCGUAUCUUGCUGUGGUAAAUGCAGAGGGAAUGUUACAACCCAAAGCCGAUGAGAUUGGGACUUCAACUGAAGAAACUCUAAGAGGACCCAGAGGAAUUUUAAAGACUCGAGCUCUGCCAUCAGAGACAGUGGAAGUGGCAGCCCUAGGAAGACUUCUGUUCCCUGGUACACUGUAUGACUGCCGCAAGGAUUCCUUCAUUCCAGGUGUUACUCUGUGGGAUAAGAAAUCGCUGAGUGAAAAUCUGGACAGUCGUCCAAAGCCCCAGGCAAAUCUGGAGUUCAGUAGCUCUGAUUCUCUCUCAAGUAAAUUCAAUCUCCUGGAUGUAAGUGCCUCCCUGAAGGCCAGUUUCUUGGGGGGGCUUGUGGAGGUGGGAGGAUCUGGCAGGUUCCUACGUGACACCAAAUCCUCAAACCAACAGUCCAGAGUUACAAUGUUUUACAGUGAAACCACAAGAUACGAACAGCUCACUAUGAGCCAUCUGCGCAAGAUCACCUACCCUGGGGUGUUUGAGCAGAAAACUGCAACUCAUGUGGUCGUUGCUGUGCUGUAUGGAGCUCAAGCAUUCAUGGUGUUUGAUCGCACACUAUCAGAAGAGGAAAACAAGCAGCAGAUGGAGAGAAACCUGAAUGCCAUGGUUGAAAAGAUCCCUAAAUUAUCCACUGAGGGAAAUGCAGCUUUACAAAUGGCCACUGCUGAAAAGAAAAUGGCUGAGAAGAUUGCCUGCACAUUUCACGGUGACGUCCGCCUUCAACAGAACCCCACCACAUACAUGGAGGCCCUGAAUCUGUACAAGCAGCUCCCCACUCUGCUGAAGAAUCCACAGAAUGAAGUCCCAAUAAAAGUCUGGCUCCAUCCUCUUCAACUUCUGAAUGCAACAGCAGCUCGGGUAGAGAGAGAAAUCAGUGCAAGUGUGGAGUUCAGUAUGGAAGCUAUAAUUGAGGAGCUGGGAGAGGCAGAGAGGACAUUCAAUGACCUGUCACGAAACACGCUGGUUAAUAGUUUCAGUGACAUUAAAGAGAGACUGCGCUCUUUUCAGGACUCAUUUAGCAUUUACAAGGCAAUGCUACUGAAAGCAGUUGGCAGGGUCUUGCCUGCUUUUCGAGGAGGAGAGAUGGAGGAGAAGUCUCUGGAAGACAUCCUGAAGAUCCACAGGAGCUCUCCGUUCAAUGCUGACAUGCUUAAACAGUGGUUAAAUGAUGCAAAGUCUGAACUUCACAUCUUGAGUUCUGUCACCAAGUCACUGGAAGGGGUCCGAAUUGAAGACUCAGAUGGUCUCAACAGCAUCCUUGUUAAUCCUGAUUUUCUUGGAGUGUUGUGCUUGACCUUCACGUCUCUGAAGUAUGAAGAUCCGUAUCUUUCAGCCCUGAAGGAGUACCUGAAAACUGACAGGUUUAAAGAGCUAGAUGGGGAGCACAGCAUGUAUCCUGUGGCAUCUAUCAGGAAGUGGUUUAAUAAUUCUGAUCUCAUGGCAAAGAUGAGAUUCAACGUCAAUAUCUUGAAACAUUUAUUAAAGCCAUUUGAAGGACAGAAAGUCCUCUUCAUUAUUUCUGCCAUCUCUGAUCCCUCCAAUCCUGGCUCCUCCAUCUAUCUGUAUGAACUUGGGCAACUGACAGAAAAACAGUACCAGUAUCCUUUCAGAGUGCUUUCAGGAUUGGAGAAUUGAACCAGGAUACACUGUUAAAUGUAAACAAUAAAG